AUGACUACACCGACAAAAGCAAUUUACUCUCCUUGCUAUUGGCGACAGCAAAGUCAAUUUGAAGAUAACGAGAACAUUAUGGCACAAUCACCACGCAAAAGAUUAAGGCUUCCGUCAGUUUUCAAUAUGGCAACAAAUGUUACUUUCCAGCAACAUAAAGUUACACGUGAAGAUCGUUCUAAUGUGCUUGGUCGUUACUCAGGUUAUAGAGGGUGUACACUUUGGUUUACUGGACUUUCUGGUGCUGGUAAAACAACAAUUGCUUUUGCUUUAGAAAAAACAUUAAUUAAAUUGGGAAUUCCUUCUUACAGUCUGGAUGGAGAUAAUGUUAGACAUGGAUUAUGCAGAAAUUUAGGGUUUAGUAAAACAGAUAGAGCUGAAAAUAUUAGGCGUGUUGGGGAAGUUGCGAAAUUAUUUGGAGAUUCGGGAAUGGUUGUCUUGGCUAGUUUUAUUUCUCCUUUCAAAGUUGACAGGGAUUUUGCAAGAAGAAUACAUGAACAAGACAAUAUUCCAUUCUUUGAAAUUUAUAUCAAUACAUCUUUAGAAAUUUGUGAAGCUAGAGAUCCAAAAAAAUUAUAUAAAAAAGCCAGAGCUGGAGAAAUUAAAGAAUUUACUGGUGUAGAUAGUGCUUAUGAACCUCCUUUAGAGCCCGAUUUAAUUUUAAAUUCUGGGGAAGAAACAGAAAUUGAAUCAAUUCAAAAAGUUUUUAAUUUUCUUUACGAAAAGAAAAUUUUGCCUGAAGAAGUUGUUUUUUGGAAAUUAAAAAUUAAUUUUUUUUUUAAAUUUUUUGAGGCAAUGUAUCAAUUAUGUGGACAACCAAUUCGUCAACUUUUUGAAUUUAAUAAAGAAAUAAAAAAUAAAUUAAUUGAAGAAAUUGACAAUAAUUUAAAUUUUAAAAUUGAAAUUUCAGAAAUUGAUUUACAGUGGAUUCAAGUUUUGGCGGAAGGUUGGGCAUCUCCUUUGGCUGGAUUUAUGAGAGAACGUCAAUAUCUUCAAUGUUUACAUUUUGGACAAAUAUUUGAUUUAAAAAAGAAAUGCCGAAUAAAUGGGGAAAGGAAGGAGGGGGAUUUGAAUUAUCAAGAGGAGGAAGAAGAUCACUUUCCAAUGUUAGGCCCAAUUAAUCAAACAAUCCCCAUUGUUUUACCAAUUUUUGACAAUCAAGCAAAUUUAAUUAAAUCAAAACUUUAUUUAAAACCAAAAAUUCAAUUAAUAUUUAAAAAUAAAUUAAUUGGAGUUUUGAAGGAUGUAGAAGUAUUCCCUCAUCGAAAAAAGGAAAGAAUUCAUAGACAAUUUGGACAUUUUGUUGAAGAGAAGGAAAUUGAAAAUGGGCAUCCGGGGAUUAAAUUAAUUAUGGAAAGUGGUGAUUGGCUAGUUGGUGGGGAUUUAAAGGUAUUUGAAAGAAUUAUUUAUAAUGAUGGUUUAGAUGAAUAUAGAAAAACUCCUUCAGAACUUAAACAAAUAUUUGAAGAAAAACAAUGUGAUUGUGUUUUUGCUUUUCAAUUAAGAAAUCCAAUACACAAUGGACAUGCUUUAUUAAUGUCUAAAACAAGAGAAGAAUUACUUUUAAAAGGAUAUAAAAAUCCAAUGUUGCUUUUACAUCCUCUUGGGGGUUGGACAAAGGAUGACGAUGUUCCUUUAAAUAUUAGAAUUAAACAACAUUUGGCUGUUUUAGAAAAUGGAAUAAUUAAUAAAGAAUGGACAAUUUUGUCAAUCUUUCCUUCCCCAAUGUGUUAUGCUGGCCCUACAGAAGUUCAAUGGCAUGCACGUGCUAGACUUACAUGUGGAGUUGAUGCUUAUAUUGUUGGUAGAGAUCCUGCUGGAAUUGCAGAUAAUUUAACUGGAGAUUCUCUUUAUGAACCUAGUCAUGGGGCUAAAGUACUUUCAAUGGCACCAGCAUUACCAGGUUUAGAAAUUAUUCCAUUUCAAGUAGCUGCUUAUGAUAAAAAGGCUGGAUGUAUGGCAUUUUUUGAUGAAAAACGAAGUGAAGAUUUUCAAUUUAUUAGUGGGACAAUGAUUAGAAAAUUAGCAAAAGAAGGAAAAAACCCUCCAAAAGGGUUUAUGCCAGAAAAUGCUUGGAAAGUAAGUUUAAAUUUUUUAAAUGAAUUAAUUUUUAAUUUAAGAUAA